AUGAAAUAUAAAAAGGCUAUAUUAUAUUAUUUUGUUUAUACUAUUUACAAUUACGUGGUUUAUAGUAAUAGAAUAAAACCAGUACAAACUAUAGGAAAUGUAAAAUUUUGUAUUGUAAAUACGAAAUCAGAUGAUGUUGAAGAAUGUAUAUUAGAAAAUGAAUUUGGUAAAUUACUAGUAUUUAUUUGCAAAGUAGAUGAUUCUAAUAGUUUGAUGGCUCUCUCAAAACCUGCUGAUUGUGCAAUCAAAACGUAUGUAAAUCAAAAUAAUCCAAAUGAAAACUCACCAGAAACUAAUACAUACGACGUUUUUCAAAAUUUAUUUGGAACUAAUAAUUCUGCUUUGAGAGCAUCUUUUGCCUUUUAUGGCGCUCUUUAUUCUAAUAAAGAUAUUGAGUUUAGCUGUUUAUGCUAUGGAAAUAAAAAAACUAAGGUAAAACAUAUAAUGAGAAUUAAUUUUAGAAAAACAAACAAAAAAAUUAAAGGAUGCGAUUUUGGAGAUAAUAUAAAAUCGAGAAGAGAUUUUGCAAAUAACAGAUCAUUAAAUGAAAGCUCUUCUUGUAUUAUUCAUGCUUACCCUGGUGAUAUAGUUGGAAUAAAUUGUUUUAAAAAAGAUAAUAAUGAUAAUUAUAAUGAUAACUUACAUUUGAUACCAAAUAAAUGUUUUCAUAAUGUUUUUUAUGGUUAUGACUUAGUAUUAAGUUCAAAAAAUCUAAUACCAAAUUCUAGAGUUAUACCUGAUCCUUCGAAAGAUGUAUCAUUAACAAAAAUGCAUUCUUUUUUUUCUUAUAUAAUUUUACCAGAUAAUUUACAGGAAAAUUUAAAAAUAGGUUGUGCCUGUAAAAGAAAUGAAUAUGCGGGUACUAUGAUUAUUUUCAUUAAAACAAAAAAAAAGUUGUUAGAUGAUGAUGUUGACAAAAGAAAAAAUAAUGCUGAAGAAAAUAACGAACAAAAUGAAAAUGAGGGAAGUGAGCAAGUUGAGCCAAUUGAGCAAAUUGAACAAAUUAAGAAAAUUGGGAAAAUUAAACAAAUUGGACAAAUUAACAAAAAUAUUCAAAAUGAUCAAAAUGAUCAAAAUGAUCAAAAUGAUCAAAGUGAUCAACAUGAUCAAAAUGAAUCAAAUUUACAAGAUAAACAUAAUUUAGAUUAUUCUGAUGAUAUUUAUAACUAUAUUAAUAAUAAUGUUUCUCGUAAUGAUGGCCAUAAAACUAUUGAAAAUUUAUUUAAAAAUAAUAAUAUUGAUGUAAAUGGUUUUAAUGAUAAAUUAAAUAUUGAAAAUAGAAGUAAAAGGACUUUCUGGCAAAAUUUAUUUGGAUUAUCUUCUUCAUAUUAUAUAUCACUUAAUUAUCUACUAUUUAUAUUCUUACUUAUUCAUAUAUAUUAA